AUGUCGGACCGAAUUCCUUUCCAUAUCCAAGAGGAGAUCAUGAAAAGGCUUCCUGUCAAAUCACUGGUUCAGUUUAGAUCUGUCUGCAAAGAAUGGAAGAGUUUGAUCGACAACUCUAAAUUUAUCGCUGUUCACAGCGUUACUCAGCAGCAGCAUCUGCUUUUAAGGUACGAAGAUCCGGUAGAAAAAUCGGAAAAUUAUGUUUCUUUUGUGGAUGACGACACUUUCCCUCAACGGAGGUUCGUUCAUACCCUUCCCCUGUCUGUUAAACUUCUUCUAGGCUCAACCAUAGUCGGUAGCUCUUAUGGAUUGUUAUGCUUUCGUGGUCAUUCUGGGAAACGCGAGGAUCUCUGGACGAAAUUGGAAACAGAGACUGUUGUUCUUUGGAAUCCUUCGAUUAGAAAGACAAUUACUAUUCCUAUGCCUAACAAGUUUAAUAAGGACCAUGAAACUGAUCUUGGUUUUGGGGUUUGUCCUGUUACUAUUGACCCUAAGAUCGUCGAGAUCACGCAAUUUCACAAAACUAGCUACCAUUGUGAAGCUAAAGUUUACACUGUGAGCUCAGGCAAAUGGAGAAAUCUGACUAGCAAUCUUCCUAGUAAACAGUUUCGUAUCUUCUGGGCUCAAGUGGUUGUUGAUAGGUUUAUUUAUUGGUGUGCUUUUGACCCCAUGACUAUAGAAAACGAGUUACCAAAUCAUAAUUUUAUAAUGUUGUUUGACAUAACUAAUGAGAAUUUUGGAGUGGUAGAACUCCCAGAUCGUUUAAGGCGCCACUCUCCCUCUCAGUUGUGUAUUUCUAAGGUAAGGGAGUCUCUUGUCAUGCUCGAAUAUGAUAGCUUUGUGAAACGUGCUUGUGGUGUAUGGAUGAUGGAGAAUGGUGUUGAAAAAUCAUUUACAAAGAGAUUUACUGUUAUGGAUCCACCAUAUUGGUCAAAGUCAAUAACAACACUUGGAUUUAGGAAGAGUGGUCAACCUAUAAUGGAAUUGGAAAAUGCUCAUGAACAGAGUGAACUUGUGGUGUAUGAGCCCUACGCUGAACGCUUUGAUGAUAUUGGGAUAUAUGCAAUAACUGAAUCAUUCGUCGUGAAUUCGUAUAUAGAAACUCUAGUUUUGCUUGGUUGA